AUGAAACUCGCGUCGCGAUCACGUACUGGCCUAUUCGACGGCGUGCAGUCUUUUGCUGAUUCUCCGACUUUGUUGCAGGCAAGUUCCUUCCGUCAUUUACUUUCGUUUUGCGUCUUCGACGUCGGACGCGUUGACAUGGACGCUGACCUAGUGCUGGCUCUAAACUUGCUCGCGUCACCUCAUGUUGGCUCUUCGCGGCCGCGCUCUCGUUCAUUCUCACGUGCAAGUGCCUCGAGCUCGUCACCUUCUCUGGACUUAAGUACUCGACGCAGUUGCUUGUUCGACUCGGCAGCAAGCGUCUCGAUGUUGCUGACGUGUCUUGUGGUGACAACGACCUGUUUUCUAGCGCCGAAAUCGACGAUCCAGUCUUCGUUGGUAAGGCUUCCGGACACCAGCCCAUUGAACACCCUUAGCACUUCGCCGUCGUCGGUUUAG